AUGGUGCUGGAGGGCCGCCCCAAGGAGGAGACAGACACAGUGCUGACAUUCUGCGAUAAGGUGGGGCUGCCGACCACUCUCAGGGAGGUGGGCGUCGACGCCGGCGACCUCGACGCAAUAAUGAAGGUGGCGGAGCGCUGCGUGGCCAAGGGCGAGACGAGCCACAACGAGCCCUUUGAGGUCACGGCGCGCAUGGUGGCGGACGCCAUCGCUGCCGCCGACCGCCUGGGCGCCCUGCACAAGGAGAAGCUCUGGCCGUGA